GGGAAGCUCUACCUGGGGCGCGGCGGCUGACGGGAGUAAGCAUUUCUUCGUUGCUAAGGCUACUUUGUUUAUAGCGAAGAAAAUCUGAAUUCCUCCAGCAGGCAGGAUGGGGAAAGAUUAUUAUUCUAUCCUGGGAAUUGAAAAAGGGGCUUCUGAAGAGGAUAUUAAAAAGGCUUACAGAAAACAAGCACUUAAAUGGCAUCCAGAUAAGAACAAAUCUCCCCACGCAGAGGAAAAAUUCAAAGAGAUUGCAGAAGCUUACGAAGUGCUGAGUGAUCCCAAGAAGAGAGACAUUUAUGAUCAGUUUGGGGAGGAAGGCCUGAAAGGAGGAGCUGGAGGACCUGAUGGACAGGGUGGUACCUUCCGGUAUUCCUUCCAUGGUGACCCACAUGCUACAUUUGCAGCAUUCUUUGGCGGCACAAAUCCUUUUGAGAUCUUCUUUGGAAGAAGGAUGCCUGGUGGCAGAGACACUGAAGACAUGGAGGUGGAUGGUGAUCCAUUUGGAUCAUUCACUAGUUUUAGUAUGAAUGGUUUCCCAAGGGAAAGGAAUACAGUUGGUAGCCAGUUGCGUCGUAAACAAGAUCCCCCUGUAAUCCAUGAACUUAAAGUGUCAUUGGAAGAGAUCUAUCAUGGCUGCACAAAAAGGAUGAGGAUUUCACGUAAAAGGCUUAACCCAGAUGGUAGAAGUGUCCGAACAGAGGACAAAAUUCUAACUAUUGAGAUAAAAAGAGGAUGGAAAGAAGGCACUAAAAUCACUUUUCCAAAAGAAGGCGACGAAGCACCCAACACGAUUCCAGCUGAUAUUGUUUUUAUCAUUAAAGAUAAACCUCACUCUCACUUCAAGAGAGAUGGAUCAAAUAUUAUCUAUCCUGUUAAAAUCAGCCUAAGAGAGGCUUUAUGUGGCAGCUCUAUCAAUGUGCCAACGAUAGAAGGAAGAACCAUACCCAUGACAGUAAACGAAGUUGUAAAGCCGGGGAUGAGAAGAAGAAUUAUAGGAUAUGGUCUGCCAUUUCCCAAAAAUCCUGACCAACGUGGAGACUUAAUUAUAGAAUUUGAAGUAAUUUUCCCUGAUAACAUUUCUCCGGCUUCAAAAGAAGUACUUAGGCGAAAUCUUCCAGUUUCAUAAAAUAAAAGACUCUGUAUGUCAACAUUUUAAAUAGGACACUGGAAAUGCAGAAGACUGGCAAGUCUGUGCUUUAAAAGUGCAAUCUGUAACAACUAGUGGAAUAUUUGUGAUUGUUUUUUGUUUGUUUGUUUGUUUUGUGGGAUGGGGGGGGGGAAACACUAUAAUGCUGCAUGAGAAGAAAAGGGUUAAGUACAAGUCAUACAGGUGACUUCUGCAGUAAAAUUUACAGGGAAAACCGCUUGUUUUAUUUUACAUCUUCCCAAUCAGAAAAGUUUAUUCAUGAUUUUGCCUAAUGUAAAAUGUAGUCAGUUUUUAUGAAGUCAACACAUAUUUCAGGUUGGAUGAAGCUUUGAGCAGCUGAGUCUGGUUGAGAGGCAUCCCUGCCCAUGGUGGGGAGGUUGGAGUAGCUUUAAGGGACCUUUAAGGUCCCUUCCAGCCUAAGCCAUUCUAUGAUUCUGAUACAGAACCUGAGCUUCCAAGUACUUUAUUUCUUGUAUCUCUACCCUAUCUAUAACAUUACUGUUUAUAUAGAAAUUGGAGAUAAUAGUAGAAAUACACAUGUGUAUAAGUAUUUUAAAGAGCAAAACAUGAAAGAUACCAUUUUGAUACAUUGCUUUUCACUGCACAAAGCAUAGGCUGGGAAAAUCUGGGCUCCUUAAACAGCCCGUAGUGGAAUGAAAGCAUUUUCUUUAUUGCUCCAGGAUGUGUGAGGACUGCAUUGUGAGCCUAGCAAAAGGGCAUGUGGCUUGAGGAGUGAGAGUGGACAUUUGGUAUGGGACAGUUUCUCAGCAGAAAAAGAUUCUACAAGUACAUAAAGAGCACGUGGUGACCUUGCUGCCACGAAUGGGGCAGGGAAACUAGUGACAAAUAGCAUGGAGAAGGCUGAGGUAUUCCAUGCCUUCUUUGCAUUAAUCUCUACUGGUAAAACAAGCCUUCAAGGAAUUCCAGGGCCCUGAAACCAGAGGGAAAGUCUCCAGACUUUCAGACACCUCAGGUUGCAGUGCACUUAUACUCAAAGUCCAUGAGCCUGGCACGUUCUACUCCUAACUGUUUAGGGAGCUGGCUAAUGCCUUUGGGCAGUCACUCUUAAUUAUCUUUAAGCAGUCAUAGAGACUGGGACAUGUUCUGGUAGAUUGCAAAAAAGCAAAUAUCACUCCUAUCUUCAAGAACAAGAAGGAAGAUUUUGGGAGCCACAGGCUUUUCAUCCUCACCUCAGUCCUUGGGAAAGCAAGGGAGAAAAUCCUCCUGGAAAGCAUUUCCAAACACAAAAUAGAAGAAGGUGAUCAAGAGUAGUCAGCAUAGGUUUACAAAGGGGAAAGUGUGCUUGGGAUCGCAUUGCCUUCAACAGUCAGGUGACUAGAUUUGUGGGUGAUGGGAGAGCAGCCAGUGUUGUUUACCUUGAGUUUAGUAGACAGACUGAUAAAGUACAGGUCAGAUAAGUGGAAAGUGAGACAGAUUAAGAACUAGCCAAAGAAGUGGGCACAAGGGGGCUGUAGUAGCACAAGACCCAGUUAUAGGCAAGUCAGUAGUGGUGUACACUGUGACUCAGUACUGGGGCCAAUACUAUUAAAUGUCUUCAUUAAUGACCUGGAUUAUAGGCAGAGUGCAUCCUCAAGCAAAUUUGUAAAUUAUGUGAAACUGGGAAAAGUGACUGGUAAGAGCAGAUGAUGUAACACCUUUCAAAGGGACCUCAGUGAGCUGGAGAACUGGACAGAUGACUCUCUCAAGUUCUGCAAGGGGGAGUGUGAAGUCUUGUUCCCUGAGGAAUAACCCAAGGUAUCGAUACACCCUUUGAGCUGAUUGGCUGGAAAGCAGCUUUGCUGUGACCUCGGGGUCUCCAGUGGACAACAAUGCACCCUUGUGGCAACAAAGGCCAAAGCCUUGCUGACAGGCUGAGGAAGAUGAUCCUUCCUCUCUACUUUCUUCACUGAUGAGGAUGUAUCUGGAGUACUCUGUACAGUUCUGGGCUCCCCAGCACAAGGAAAAUACAAACUUAGUGGAGAGGAUUGAGCACAGGGCCAUAUGUAAGAGGCUCAGAGAACUAAAAUUUCAGUUAAGGGGACCUUAUCGCUGAAUAUAAAUACCAGAUGGGAAGGAAUGCAAAUGUGGGAGGCAGGUUCUUUCAGGAGCUCUCAGUAACAGGACACACGUUGAAAAAUGGAGGAUUCCACUUGAGCAUUAGGAAACACCUUUUUAUUCUGAAGAGUAGUCAGACACUGGAACAGGUUGCCGAGAGCAGUUGAUCAUACCUGGAGAUACUCAAAACCCGACUGGGCAUGGUUCUGGGCAGCCUGCUCUAGCUGGCCAUGCUUAAGCAGGCAUGUUGGACUAUGUGGUCUCAAGACAUUCCUUCCAACUUAAAUGAUUCUGUCAACUUGGACUUCUCCCUUUUCUCUAGACAGUUCUAUGGACUGUGCUCUGCAAAUGAGGCAUAGAACAAGGAUGGGUGGUACUGAUGGGGCUGAGGAAAAAGAUGCACAAAGGACAGUCUAAAAGCAUUUGACUAGUGCAUAUUUUUAAAGAUCAUGCUGAUGUCAAGAAUUCAUUAUUUUUGAAGGCUGAACUUUAUUCUUGUGAAGAAGGAAAAGCCCAGGUCCCAGCUGAAGGAGAGUUUGCUUAAGACACAAAGUGGGAUAGGGGUUGCCCAUAACUUUCCUGUGCUUGAGUUAAGUCUUUUUUUGAAUACACACAUGAGUUACUUUCUAGAGUUAAAAAGUGCAUAAGGAAAUGAAGAGCCCCCUGUAGCGGUCUGGUUUUGUAAUACAGUAAUAGGGCUGGUUCCCUUGAUUGUGGAUUGACUUUGGUGAAAUAAAUGCUGGCAUGCUUUAUUACUUGAGUUUAAAAUCAUGAUGCAGUGCUUUAACAACACUUCUAAAGGUUUUUUUAGUUUGAUGGUUUUUUUGGUUGUGGGGUUUUGGGUUUCUUUUUCCUUCAUAAGAAAAUAUGUAAGAUUUGCUGUCAGCCUUCUGCCUGUGGAAAUUCAGUAGUUACCUGGUCUGUUAGGUAGCUUAAAUAGCAGUGUUAUCUUCAUAUAUGUGAUUUUCUUCAGGAAAGUAAAUCAUAUGAAGUUGGAAUUUAAGUUACAAUAACUUCUUAACUUCUUAAUGAGCACAAGAUGAAUCCCAUUUCUGCUACUUAAAGGAAUAGAACUUCUGGGAGAUGCUGUUCAAGUCAAUUUCUGAACUGAAGAUCAUUUCAUACAAUACCAGUUAGUUGUCCUAAAUUGACAAGGAGCUAAAAAAUUGCUGGAGCAGUGUCAUAAAGGGAAGAAAUUUCCUGCUUAGUGCUUAUUCAUAUUGUUAACACUAUAUAUUUGUUCAAAAAAUUCCCAUUUCGGUAUGUUCUGCAUUGCAUUUCCAAUGUGAUUUUUUUUUUUUUCAGUAAAAAGUAUAAAGUUGGGGUUUUAACUCAUUUGUUAUGAUGACAGAUGCUAUAAGCUACAUGACUUGCAAAGCAUAUCAUAGUAAAACACCUGUUCAUCAGUUUAAAGGUAAUGGAAUUGAACAUUUUGUAAUCCAGAAUCUUGUAACCAUAGUCCAAGUUAUUUAAAAAAAAAAAAGGCAAAAAAAAAAAAAGACAGCAACUAGGACUCUUUUGUAACCAUCUUCUGGUAAGAGGAUUAGUGUUAAAUUGAGGAAUUGCAGUAUCUUGUGUAUUUAGAGGUGUAUAUAUACAUAUGUAUAGCAAACUAAACUUUUCCAACUGUUUUCAUGCUCAAAAUACAGAACUAUAGGACUGGUAUGAAAUGCUUGUAUUUCUUUUCUUAUGGAGAGGUAAGAAAGUAUAUGUUUCAGAAUAUAGCAUGUGGAAUUACUUCAAAAUAUAAGAGGAAGCAUUAAUAUCUAUCUAAUCCAGAAUUCACAAAAAUUAAUAUUUUUCUAAUAAAAUACGUGCUUGAGCUAUGUUUUAAAACCCACUUCAUUAUUUAAUAAAGGCUGCUUGGGAGAAGGAGGCAAAUGGUUGUCCUCUGUAUCUCUUAACUACUAAAAUACAUGGAAAUAAAGCUGGGAUCUGAAGGAUCUUCUGAAGAUUGUUUACAGUGCUACAGAAAGUAAAAGUCAUUUGGUUACUUUGGAGUGGAGGAGUUCAUUCAACAAGUCUGUGAAAAUCUCUACUUCUAAAGAACCUUUUUUAAUCUCACUAACAUCAAGCUUUAGGAUAACUUAAAGCUGUUAGAAGACUAGGGCAUUACAACAGUUUCUCCUUUCUGCUAUGCAGUGGUACUCUGUGGUUGCUCCAGAGCAGACUUUCUGACGUCAUGAAAACACUGGUAUCCCACUCUUCCAUUGAGCUUGUUUUGUGUUAUCUAUGCUGAAGACUUGCUGGAAGCUUAUUUUUAGUGUCGUGGUUUUGGGUUGGUUUUGAGUUCUGACCUGGUUACUUUGUUAUGGAAGUAACAAAGUCUCUAACUGGGCUCUAACUUGUAACUUUGUGUGUACUGACUUCUAUUUGCCUUUCAUUGGGUGGAAGCUUUUUCUUUGAGCGUCCUCUUUAGUAUUCAUCCCUGUUUUCAAUAUGCUGAAGAUGAGCAGUGCGUAUUGCGAUGAUCGAUCAAACUAUCAGUGUUCUAGUUCUCAGAUGUGAUAGUUUUAGUACUUUUAGUAAAUGCUCCAAACAGUAUUUAUGUCUGAUUCUCAAAAAUCCAAGCACAGGGAGAAAGCAUCCAUCAAACUGAUUCAUAGUGCAAUAAAUGAAUCAAGCUCUUGAACUGAUUGUACUUUAAAUACUAAAGAGCCAAAGCUGACUUGCUUUUAAAGACCUGGUUGAACUGUGCACAGGUAGCAGUGGGCCAUGAAAUUCUUGACUUUGCAUAGUUUUGCUUAGAGAUUGGAGGGGAUCGUUGUCUUGACUGGAUAAUCUGCU